AUGACCAGCAUCCAAAGUCUUCCACCGGCAUCGUAUGGCCCCAUUGAAGCGGUGACCAGUUUUGCAGAUCAAAAUGAGACAGGGAAAUUUGUUGGAGGUAUUGCUGUGGUUAUGAUUCUCAGAUACAGUCGAACACCGGCUCCAUCGGGCAAGAAACGAGCGAGGAUUACGAGGAUAUACGUGUCGAGUAUAGACACUACGUGCAAUGGGAGAAGUGAUUGGAAUAUUCCGAAGCAGCUGUCCUGUUUCAAAUUCCACCCCUCAGACUCGCAAUAUCCUCCCUACAAACGAAUCGAAGUAUCUCUUCCAGAAACACCAGACGAUACAUUCAUCGAUUUCGAUCUCCAGCCCAUUUUACUCCUUUCUCGACCGAUCCUACCAAUGUCUACAUCCUACGUUCCCAUAAAUCCGGACUUUACAAUUCCAUCUGUGCCGCAAAGUAAUAAGUGGCGAGUAAAUGGAAUGGCAGGAUUAUCAGAUGGGAGGUGGAAGAUACCUCGAGUUCCUAUUUCUGGAUGGGGUGGGUUAGUAAAGGUCAAGGGGAAGCAGGGUAAUGGGGAGGAGUUUCCCGAGUUGAAGAUGGGCAGUUUUUGGUUUUGGAUCAAGGAUGCUAAAUUGGCUAUUUCUACUAUGGAUAAACAGCGUAAGAUUGACUAG